AUGGACAGAAUCAACCAGUCCAGUGUCUCUGAAUUUCUCCUCUUGGGUCUUUCCGAGAGGCCAGAGCAGCAGCCUCUCCUAUUUGGCAUCUUCCUGGGCAUGUACCUGGUCACUGUGAUGGGAAACCUGCUCAUCAUCCUGGCCAUCGGCUUUGACCCACACCUCCACACCCCUAUGUACUUCUUCUUGGCCAACCUCUCUUUUGCUGAUGGCUGCUUUUCUUCCACCAUAGUCCCCAAGAUGCUGGUGAACAUCCAGACACAUAAUCAAACCAUAUCGUAUGUGGAGUGUUUGGCCCAGAUGCACUUUUUCAUGACAUUUGGGGCACUGGAUGACUUCCUCUUGGGGGUGAUGGCCUAUGACCGCUAUGUGGCCAUCAGCAAGCCUCUUCAAUACACCACACUCAUGAGUCCUCUUGUGUGUGUGCUCCUUCUCACAGCCUGCUGGGUUCUCACCAACCUUGCUGCCCUCUUACAUACCCUGCUCAUGGCUAGGCUCUCUUUCUGUGCAGGCAACACCAUCCAUCACUUCUUCUGUGACAUGGUCCCUUUGCUGAAGCUCUCCUGCUCAGACACCUGCACCAACCAGAUAGCCCUGUUUACUGUGGGCUCCAUGAUUCUCACUGGUCCUCUCUUCCUGAUCAUCUUGUCAUAUGCACACAUCAUCUCCACCAUCUUCAGAGUCCCCUCUGCCUCCAGCAGGCAAAAGACCUUCUCCACCUGUGGGUCUCACCUCACUGUGGUCUUCUUGUUCUAUGGUGCAGCAAUCGGUGUCUACUUGUGCCCUCCUUCAUCACACUCAGGGGGUAAGGACAGGGUUGCAGCUGUAUUUUACACAGUUGUGACUCCUAUGCUGAACCCCUUCAUUUACAGCCUCAGGAACAAGGAUAUGAAGCCUGCACUGAGAAGGCUUUUUGGAAUUCACACACUCUCUUCUCAGGGACUUUAA